UUGAGCUAUAAAAAUAAUUUUAAUAUUUAUACCUUAUUUACAGAGUUACCACCAGAGAAGCCGUCAAUCAAAGCAGAAAAAGGCUGGUAUGCCUCAGGGGAUUCUCUUCGAGUCCAGUGUUCGUCACCACCUGCCGAUCCGCCAGCUAAUUUAACUUGGCUGUUAAAUGGACGAGACAUUCAAGGCAAGCCCAUCAUUCAACAAAGAAUUCUACCGAGUCCGGCUGUAGCUAUCGACAUCCCGCAAAUACCGGACCAAAGCACUUCGGCCCCUGGUGAAGAAAAUAGCAAUAUCAUAUUCAGACCAUGGAAAGCUUUUGGACCUUUUGUUGAUACAAUACAGGAUGGUGACCUUCUGCCGAGUCAGGACACAGUGCUCUUCCCUAAACCGCGACCAAGCGAUGGGGUCUUAGAGGAGGACGUCACAGAUCCGAUGCCCACUGCGGAAUCGUCGAAAAAGGUGGCGUCUAUCAGCCAGCUGUCGUUCAUGGUGCGACCGGAUAGUUUUGAGCGGGGCCAGCUUCGGCUUACUUGCAUAUCUACGGUACACUCAGUGUACAGCGAGCAAGCUGAGCUUGUCAUCAACGAAGAAAGGCCACAAAUUGCCUCUGUACUCGGCACAAGGGAUCGAGCAGACACGGAGAAAUGUCUGCUCCUUGGUGUAACGCAAAUAAUGAGCUUACUUUGA